AUGAUGUUUCUAAGGUCACUGCAGCCGAUAGCCAGCUGCUCUAGGAGCGCUUCGCGUAUCUUGCCCCCUGUCGCGGCGCGUGGUCCGCGACUCACUCGAUUCGUUACGACCCGAACCACCCCUUAUCAUAUCAAUGGUCAAACCUAUCCAUUGGACGAUCAUUCCAACGUCCCGCCGACGAUACUUGCCAAGUUGGACCGGAAUCUCCACCUGAACCCUUCACACCCUAUUUCCAUCCUCCGCUCAAUCAUCGAAUCUCACUUUUCAACAUUCACACCCGUCACACCGUCAUCGCCAAUCUUGACCGUCACGCAAAACUUUGACGACUUAGGUUUCACACCUGAUCAUCCUGGUCGAGCGCUAUCCGAUUCGUACUACCUGAACAAGAAUCAUGUUCUUAGGACGCACACAUCCGCUCACGAGAUCGAAACGUACCAGAAAGGAUUGAAUCAAUGGCUCCUCACGGCAGACGUAUACAGGAGAGAUGAGAUAGAUUCAUCUCACUAUCCUGUUUUCCAUCAAAUGGAGGGAGCUUCAGUCUGGCCGAGCUCUGAAUUAUACAAGCUUCCUCAAAUGAAUGCUGAGCUGGCUUCCAAGCUCGCAGAAUGCCCAUUGAUCAUUGAAGAUACGUCUUCCAUCUCGCCCGAAAAUCCCUACCAGAAGUCUCAUGAUCCCGAACAUGCCGCUCAGAUCACUCAACACCUCAAACAUUCUCUCAAUUCACUCAUUUUCAGACUCUUUGGACCAAUAGCGACGAAGGAUGGAGAACCACUACGUAUCCGAUGGAUCGAUGCGUACUUUCCCUUCACAUCGCCAAGCUUCGAGGUCGAAGUCUGGUGGGAUGGUGAUUGGUUGGAGUUGCUGGGCUCAGGCGUCAUGCAACAGCCUUUGCUGAACAGGGCAGGCGUUCCGGACAAAUCCGGUUGGGCAUUCGGUCUGGGUCUUGAAAGACUAUGUAUGGUCCUCUUCUCUAUACCGGAUAUCCGAUUAUUCUGGACCGAAGACCCAAGGUUCAUAUCACAAUUCACCCCAGGACAGAUCACGCCUUUCAAGCCUUAUUCCAAAUAUCCUCCAGUCACUCGAGAUGUAUCAUUCUGGAUCCCUGAUGCGUCAAAGAAGGGAGUCACUCAGUGGCAUGAGAAUGACUACUGUGAGAUCGUGAGGGAUGUUGCUGGUGAUCUGGUGGAAACUGUUCAGCUGAUCGACGAAUUCACCCAUCCUAAGACCGGAAGGAGGAGCAAGACGUAUCGCUUGACUUACAGGAGCAUGGAUCGAAAUCUCCUGAAUGACGAAAUCUCUGGACUGCAGAGCGAAGUAGAGCGCCGGACGAUCUCAGAAAUGGGGAUCGAGAUCCGGUGA